UGCUACUCGUCGACAUCACUGGGAAUCUCGCGGCUUCCACCCUGCGCAUAACGGCGUCAAAAAGUCUUUGCCACCGAAGAAAAGCUCUGAAUCGAGCCUGAAAUCGGCGCGACCGCAAGCACCAUGUCGACGUCGAUAGCAACAGAUACACCAGCGGCGGAACCCAGCACCGGGGACAAACGCACCUUCCCGUCCGAGGCCCCGCCCUCGCUCUCCCCCGAUACGGAGAUAGCAGAUGCGCAGGCGCGCGAAGACACGCCCGACGCGAAGCGCGCGAAAACUGAGCAGCAGCAGGAGCAGCAGGAGGGCACCAGCGCUGCGACCCCGGCCGCACCGGGCAAGAAGCUCACGGGAAAGGAGCGGCGGCAGGCGAAAAACAUGCAGGGCGCGGGUCGGCGCAAGCGCGAGGGCAAGCGGGACUACACGCGCCCCGAGGGGAGUGCAGAUGCAGCUGAGGGCGACGCGAGGGACAAGACGCCGCGGCUCCCGAAGCGCAUGACCGCGCUGCUGCUGGGGUACUGCGGAUCGGGGUACAAUGGGCUGCAGAUCCAGAAGGACGGGACGGGUGUCACGACGAUCGAAAAUACGCUGUUUGAUGCGCUGACGCGUGCAGGCGCUGUAUCUCAGGACAACGCCAACGAUCCGACCAAGGUCGGCAUCGCCCGCGCAGCUCGCACGGACGCAGGCGUCCAUGCUGCAGGGAAUGUGGUGGCACUCAAGAUGAUCACGGAGGUGCCUGGCGUUCCGGACAUGGUUACGCGCGUCAACGAGGAGCUUCCGCCGGAGAUCCGACUGUGGGGGCUGGUUCGGGUGCAAAACUCAUUUAAUCCCCGAACUAACUGCGACAGCCGAAAAUACACCUACUUCUUUCCGACGUACCUGCUCAUUCCGCCGAAACCCAGCUCGGCAUUGUAUCGAGUGCUGACGGAACACACUGCAAGCUUCAAUCCGCCCAUCCCGUCGCCCCUCCUCGGGCACCCGUUCUGGGACGCCGCGCCGGCGGACAGUGCGGCCGCAGAUGACAUGACGCGGAAGCGCGCGUGGCGGGUCGGGAAAGAGCAGAUGGAGCAGCUGCGCGCAGGGGCGCGCAAGUACCUGGCUACGCACAACUUCCACAACUUCACGGUCGACGGCGCGUUCAACGAUCGGAGCAAUAUGCGUGUCAUGAAGGCCAUCGACAUCGCAGACCCGGUCGUGUACGGGGAGACCGAGUGGAUCAGCGUCCUGUUCCAUGGACAGAGUUUCAUGAUGCACCAGAUUCGCAAAAUGAUCAGCGCACUUGUGCUUUCGGUGCGCACAGGCACGCCCGCGGAUGUCAUAGAUGAGCUCUACGGUCCGCGAGACAUCUUCAUCCCGAAGAUGCCGGCGCUGGGCCUGCUGCUCGAAGAGCCGCUGUUCGACUCGUACAACCAGCGACUGGACAAGUUCAACGAGAAGCACAGCCCGGGCGACCCUGACUACCGCCUCCCGAUCGACUUUGAGCCGUUCCACGCGCAGAUAGCCGCGUUCAAGCAGAAGUACAUCUACGACAACAUGCGGAUGGUGGAAGAUCGGGAUGGACUCUACGACGCGUGGAUCCGUAACGUGGAUGACUACGCGGGGAACGAUCUGUUGUACCUGAAUCCCAAGGGUGUCAUUCCCUCUGCGGCAGUGGUGAGAGACCGCAGAGACCGCCAUCGGAAGGGCGGCUUCAAGGAGAAGCGUCUGUUCGAUGCGACGAGUUUCCCGACUGGUGGGAAAGAGAGCGGCGCUGUCGACGAUGAGGACGUCGAGGCUGAGAGCAAAACAGCGGAAAUGGAGGGUUAGCGUAGCCUGUAUUGUGCGCUUAUUACGAUCAGAGUGGCUGUGCCCGUCUUUGCUCUUGACCGCGAUGUCCACGAAGUUCCGACACCGCGGCAUUGAAGAAGAGGAUGCUGCCGCCCUGAAGCUCGGACACGAAUUCAACAACGCCGGAUGUCUGCUCAUCUCUGAGGUGAAGUACCUGCUCGAGAACCGGGACAAGGACGCGCCGGACACCAAGUGCGUUUUUCCGUGACCUGUCUGGAGGAAAGAUGAAGGGAGGGGGUGGAUGUGUGCAGCUUGGUGCUGAUGCGUGCGCAGGGUGUAUAACAAGACACUGGAGUACGUGAAGACGUUUGCCAAGUUCAAUACGACGGACUCGGCAAGUGCGGUGCGCGAGACGCUCCGACGCGAGCCUGCGCUCACGCAAUUCGAGACGGCGCAGAUCGCGAAUCUGUGUCCUGGGUCAGCAGAGGAGGCGAAGAGUGUAGUUCCAAGUCUGGUGAAGAUCGAAGACGACCGGCUCGAGGCGCUGUUAAGGGACAUCCAGACGAUGCGCAAGUACCAGUCAUGAUGGGAAUGCAGACGCAAUGAUUUGGUCUAUCUGUAUAUUUCCUCUGGUUGUACGCUACCUGUCGAUUCCUGCUAUGUUCUCGCCGAGUGGAUGUGAAAAGCGAUAAUGCCUACGUCAUCGCUAUCAGCC